AUGGUUACUAUGAGGGUUGUAGUUGCAUUAGCUGCUGCUUCAGGAUGGUAUGCAUUCCAGAUGGAUGUUCACCAUGCUUUUCUUCAAGGAGAUAUUCUUGAAGAGGUGUAUAUGCAGUCAAAGACUGAUCAAACAAGUCAGAAAGGAUUUGCAGGAGAGAUUCAAGAUGAAAGAUCUUGGAAGUAUGCUCUAGAACUAGUAUCUGAACUAGGACUAGCAGGUGCAAAGCCAGCAGCAACACCUCUGGAGUUCAAUCAUAAGCUCACAUCCGUUGAGUUUGACAAGCAAAUACCAAAUGGUAGUUUUACAAUUGAUGAGGAGCUUGAAGACAAGGGAGUUCAAGUGCUUAGUCAGUAUAUGUAUGCACCUAAGGUGUCUCACAUGGAAGCUGCCCAAAGAGUGAUGAGGUAUAUCAAAACUGCUCAUGGAUUUGAACUUUUUAUGCCUGCAAAAGUAAGCAAGUCUCUGUCUGCAUAUUGUGAUUCUGAUUGGGGAGCUUGUGUAGAGUCAAGGAGAUCAAUGACAGGCUAUGCAGUUAAAUUUGGUGAAGCACCGAUAUCAUGGAAGUAA